CUGCAUAAAAUGAUGACGGUAAUCCAGAAAUGGUGGCGUGGUUAUCAAGCAAGAAAACAUUUCAGGAUCCAGGUGAAGACAGCGUACUUUAUUAUGAAGAUGAAUUUCUACAAUGAAAUGGCUGUCAGGAUUCAGAGAAGAUGGCGAGGCUAUUAUGUCCGAAAAUACGUACACAAUUACUAUACCUUGAAGAAGUAUUUGGAGGGCUUGGCCCUAAAAAAUGAAAUUGUCAGAAAGGAACUCAAUGAUAUUGCCCAAAUAAAGGAAAAAGAAAACUUAAAAAAAGACUUUGAAAUGAAAGAAAAAAGAAAGGAUUACCAAGCUAGAAAAAUGCAUUACCUCCUCAGCACUAAACAGGUUCCAGGUGUGUUCAACUCGCCCUUCAAACAGUAUCCAGAUGAGAUGGAAUUUCGCCUUGAAAGGUCAAAGCCGCUAAGCCAUAAGAAACAUCAAAAGCAAACUGAUAAAAGUGUGGAAAUUGCUGACUGGUCAGAUUGUAGACAUCCAUUUCUUUUCUCGUCAGUACCACCUCUUCCACCAAUUGACAAAAAUAAACCACAGGGACCAUUCCGUGAUACUGCUGAGGUUUUGCAGCAGCGCUACAAACCUUUGGAACCAACCUUGCGGGUUGCAACAUCAAUUAAUUCAGAGCAAGAAGCCAGAGAAAAGAUCAAAAGGGAGGAAUGGUGUAAACGCAUCCAGGACAAAAUAUUUUUUCCAUUUUCUUCUUUGCACAAAACCAAAACUUAUGAGCCAUCACUUCAUACAUCAACUGAUUACAAGAAAAUGCCGUAUGGAACAUUAGGUUUUCGGGAAGAACAGCAGGAAAGAAGAAUAUCAAACAAGGACUUCAAAACAGUCUUCACGCCAAUUACACUUUUCGAUAAAUAUGGCCGCACAUAUUCCAAGGCUGGAGAAGCAGUUUAACUCUUCUUAUGCUGACGAAAAACAGGGACGCUCAAUAAGAAGAAUGUGAG